AUGUUGGGGAGUAAGAGCGCCGCGGGUGUGGGAUUGCCGUUCGUGAUGCGAUUCUUGCUGGACAGAUAUGGGUUUCGAACCACGAUAAGAGCGUGGGCUGUCGCUUCCCUCGCCCUCACCGCCCCCCUCCUCUACUUCCUCCGCCCUCGCAUCCCACCGCCAAGCUCAACCUCCCCACAGCGGCUUUCGUUGUCCUUUUUGAAACUCCAGUCCUUCUGGAUGCUGCAACCGGGCAACAUACUCCAAUCCCUCGGCCACUCCCUCCCGACCACCUACCUCGCCCCCUACGCCCGCGCCAUCGGCCUCGACGCCACGACCGGCACCCUCAUGAUCGCCCUGCUCAACGCGACCAGCGUGCCCGGCAGCGUCCUGAUCGGCAUGCUGGGCGACCGCUUUCACGUCACCACCGUCGUCCUCGUCUGUACCCUCGGCUCCGCCCUCGCCACGCUCGUCUUCUGCGACCGGGUCGCCCUCCUGGCCGUCUUCGCCAUCCUGUACGGCUUCUUCGCCGGCGGCAACAGCGCUAUGUGGUCCGGGGUGCUCAUGUGCGUCAAGGAGGAGACGUCGGCGCUCGAAACGGGGCUCGUGUUUGGACUGCUGGCUGGGGGGAGGUCGGGGAGUGUGGUCAGUGGGCCGUUGAGUACCGCGCGCGCUUGUGCGGGGUGGUUGGGUUGGUCCCUUGUGAAUGGGGAUUGGCGGGCGGAGCGGGGGUUAGGCAGAUGGGCUAUGAGACGCAGUAUGGAUGGUUGA